AUGCGAAUCGUCGGUAUCAUCGCGCUGAUCGUCUGGAGCGUUGUCUGCGGCCUGCCGCUGGUCUCCGCUCAGUUGGACGCUGCGAACAAUCCCCCAGCGGGCGAGCAGCCGCCGAUUUCGCAGCGGAAAAAUGGUGGGCCGAUUGGCGGGCGCGAGCAGUACGCGUUCGACAACGCGUCCGGCGGCGGUGGCUUGCACGAACCGCGCGCUUACCGGCCGGAUGUCGGCGAGCUCGACUUCGUGUAUCACAACCAUGACGAGAUGACGCGGUACCUGCGGGCGACCACCGCCCGGUACCCGAACCUGACUGCGCUCUACUCGAUCGGCAAGUCGGCCCAGGGCCGCGACCUCUGGGUGCUGGUCGUGUCGUCCUCACCGUACGAGCACAUGCUCGGCAAGCCGGACGUCAAGUACAUCGGCAACAUCCACGGCAACGAGGCGGUCGGGCGUGAACUGCUGCUGCACCUCGUCCAGUACCUGGUGUCGAGCUACGGGUCCGAUCCGUACAUCAAGUGGCUGCUGGACAACACGCGCAUCCACAUCCUGCCCUCGCUCAACCCGGACGGUUACGCCGCCUCGAAGGAGGGCACGUGCGACGGUGGACAGGGGCGCUACAAUUCCCGUGGCUUCGACCUGAACCGCAACUUUCCGGAUUACUUCAAGCAGAACAACAAACGCUCCCAGCCGGAAACGGAAGCGGUGAAGGACUGGAUCUCGAAGAUCCAGUUCGUGCUGAGCGGUUCCCUGCACGGCGGUGCCCUCGUCGUCAGCUACCCGUACGACAACACGCCCAAUGCCAAAAUCUGUCGGUCGUCGUCUACAUGCGCCGUCUUCCACAGCUACCUGUCGCAACCAUCGCUGACACCGGAUGACGACGUGUUCAAGCACCUGUCGCUGACGUACGCGAACAACCAUGGCAAAAUGUCGCACGGUGUCGCCUGCAAGACCGCGUCACCGUCGUUCGAGAACGGCAUCACGAACGGGGCGGCCUGGUACCCGCUGACCGGUGGCAUGCAGGACUUCAACUAUGUCUGGCACGGCUGCAUGGAGCUCACGCUGGAGGUGUCGUGCUGCAAGUUCCCGCCAGCCUACGAGCUGCACAAGUACUGGGACGAUAACCAGCUGUCGCUGCUCAAGUUUCUCGCCGAAGCGCACCGGGGCGUGCAGGGUUUCAUCACGGACCCGUCCGGCAAUCCGAUCGAACGGGCCCAGCUGAAGAUCAAGGGCCGCGACAUUGGCUUCACCACGACCAAGUACGGCGAGUUUUGGCGGAUACUGCUGCCCGGCGUCUACAAGCUCGAUGUGUUCGCCGAAGGCUUCGUCCCGAAGGAUGUGGAUUUUAUGAUCGUGGAGCAGCACCCAACGCUGCUCAACGUCACGCUUCAACCGGCGAAGCGAACCGCACACACUAAUGUACAGCCGCCCCUCUACUUCUCCUCCUCUAACUCGCAACCCGGAACGGCUGGCCUUGCCGCCAUGACGAAGAACCCGGUCCGCUUUCCCGCGGUCGCCAGCCAUAAUACCGAUGGAGCCGCCCCGGAACCGCCCUCGAUGACACUGGCACCUUCGCCCGCCGCGACCACUGGGGCUCCGCUGCCGGCGCACGGUGGCGGCGGGACCACGGGCAAUAAUGGUUCGAAUGGCGACCGCCUUAUUUUCACCUCCUGAGCGCGCACAAGCAACAGUUCAAUGGCGUCGAACAAAUUUCCUUUUGUCGCGCACCUAUGUACAUAGACUCGAAUCGAAACUAGAGCUUAGUGGUUAAGUACGCG